AAAAAAUGUCGAUCUAUCAUUGUAAACUAUGCAGUCAUUAGGUUAUAUCAAUUGUGCGUUGCGUAUGACCUCUUGAAAGAUAAAAACUAUCGACUUCCUGAAGAUUGCUCUAAAUCAAAAUGGAAAUAGUCACAGCCAUGUUUUGGACUAUAUUGUUAUUUAUAUUUUCACAAUUAGAAGGAUACGAGGCAUCUGACAAAUGUUACUUCUCAUUUCCAAAGCAUAGUGCUGAUACGUUCUUGUCGAGUGGAAGGAGACCUUCAAAUAACUAUUGCUGUAAAGGAUCUGAAAGCGUUUUUGAGGAAUGCUGGAAAGAAAUCCCUCCAUGUUUUAUAUCUGAGGUAACCUGCCAAAAUAGCGGUACAUGCUUACAUGAUGGCGGAUGUAAAUGCAGACCAGGGUUUACAGGGCAAUAUUGCGAAAUCGAAAUAAAUGAAUGCACCGUGCAACCCCGUUCCCCGUGCCAGAACGGUGCUACUUGUGAAGAUAGGGUCAAUGGAUCCCAUUGUGUUUGUCCUCCAAGAAUGUAUGGGGUUUUGUGUGACACAAAUAUCUGUCACCCUACUCCAGCAGACGUCGUCUUUGUUUUAGAUUCAUCAGUAAGCAUGACAGAGGGAGAAUUCAAGAAACAGUUAGAAUUUGUUGCAAAUUUCAGCAGUAAAGUUCCUGUUGGACCACACGACUUCCAAAUUAGUGUAGUAACAUUUUCAUCUGAUGCACAUGUAGAGUUUUAUCUUAACCAGUAUAAAGACAACGUUUCACUUCAUGACGCUAUAAUGAAAGUCAAGUAUAAACGUGGGACAACGCGUACCGACAAAGGUCUGAAAGCGGUUAGAACAGAAGUAUUCACGGUUGGUCAUGGCAUCGGAAUACGCAAAAAUGGUACAAAAGCUGCGAGAUUUGUUUAUGUCCUUACAGACGGCAUGUCUAUAAACAGGGCCGACACUAGAGCCGAGGCUAGUGAAUUGAAAAAAUAUGUCGAUGCAAUUGCAGCCAUUGGAAUUGGAAACGAAGUUUUACAUCAAGAACUUUUGGACAUUGCUUCCGAUCCAUCGUUUGUUUACUCUGUUAAAAAUUUCAACUCUUUGUACACCAUUCUCAGGCAGCUGGUUCAGUUGUGUGAUGAAUGUGAGACAAGUAUGGCGUCAGAUGUAGCUAUCCUUUUAGAUUCAUCCUAUUAUAUAACAGCAGAACAGUUCACUUUAAUGGUUGACGCUAUUAUGCAUAUAAUUGACACCAUGAACCAAUUAAACGUUAUUGGUAACCAUGUUAGUGUGGCCACAUUUUCUGAUGACAUCAAAAGUAUAAUGAAUAUGGGAGAAACGUUCAACAAAAAUGUCAUUAAAAGUAAGGUUAACAUGGUCUCAAAGUCGCCUGAUGAACAUCAAGCACAAUUACAUCUUGAAACCGUGUUUGCAUAUGUCAGGGAUAAAAUUUUCAACAAAACAUUUUCAAUGAGGGUUGCAAAGAAAUUUCUCCUAAUUUUCACUAAUGGUAAAGCUCAUGUGAACAGCGAAAGCACCUUUGAAAGUGAGAAAUCUAAGUUAGAAGCCGACGGAGUAAAUAUUAUGGCCGUUGGCAGUGGAGAAGACGUUGGCAUGAACGGGUUAAUCAAGCUUGUUACUGAUAGGUUUAAUGUUUUUGUUACUAGUCAUGACUUGCCAAUGAACAAUCUAGACGUUUUGCAAUCUGAAUUUGUUUACAGCAAAUGUAAUCUUACAGGGGUAUGAAACUCAACGUCGUACUUUACGAUGUGCAAAGUGGGUCUUAUUGGUAUCAGUAAAUAUUUUAUCUAAAUUAAUGAUUAUUUGAUCAUGGAAGGGUUUACUUCAAAGCUCAUUAUUUUGCUUGAAAUGAAAAGAAACUUCUACAAAUCCAGUUUUCCUUUGAGAUAAAAUUGGCUAACUUGAUCAAUUUUUAAUCUUAAUUGUUUUCAAUAUUUGUAAAAUCAAUUACUUUAAAAAUGUAGUCGACCGUUUUAAACAGUAAAAUGUUAUAUUUAUGUUUCACUCCCAGUCAAUAACUUAAAAUGAAAAUGAACAUUUGAACUCUAAGAUAUUUCAAAGUUGAUAUGUUUAUAUUUUUAUUUAAUCCUGUUUGAUAUGUUUUCCACUUUCAAUCCUAAUGUUUUAUUUGCUAAAUAUAUCCCAUUUAUCAUUUAAGAUAGCUUUCCUAGAGAUUAAAGAAUGUAACGUAAAAUGUUUAAACUGCUAAAAAUACUUCCUUUUGCCGAAAUUGUUGUCAAUUACCUAAUUUAUGAAAAACUAGGAGAUAACUGAUAACAAGUUUUGUUUGCUCAUGAUUUUUUUAUCGAAAUAUAAUCCAAACCCGUGGGCAAAUAGAUAGUCAAAUCUCGUGUAAUUUAUCAUCAGAUUGUGAUUAUUUCAAUAUCUUAGAGAUAAUAAUCGAUCUGGAUUUUUUGUGUGUAAAAUUCCGUCCUAUAGUUUAAAAUGACACUAAAAACAAGUUAUGUCUUGAUUUAUUAAAUCUCUAAUUUUCAUAUCCAUGUAUAUUGGUAGACAGAUUAUAUUUUAUACAAAUUG